GCAGGGGGGCGAGGAGCGGGACCCGGCGGGGUACCCACUUGGCUCCGUUCGGAUUGGGAUUUUUUUAAACAGGACAGACCCUUACGAGGUGUUGUUUUUAAACUUCAGACCAAACCAACGGCUUCGGGGGGUGCCCUGAAAACGACCCUGCUCCCGUAAUUCGGUCAGAGGGGCGGUUUUUAACGUUUCUGGAGGGCGGGAAAAAGCCCCCUUCCCCCAGCUACCCCACUGUAAACCUGCCCCCGGGGGGGGGGGUUUCCUUUCGUUUUUUGGCUUUACACCAGUCAGACCCAAACUAUCCAGCCGAGACAGCGCAGCAGAAUUCGACAGAGACAGAAAUAAACGGGGGGGGGGGGGCGUCCUCCCCCCGGCCCCCCAUCAUCCUCUGUCCUAGACUCGUCACCGUUUGACUCCUUCCCAGAGUAGCUCUGCUUGGGGCUGGGAGCUUAGUGCGACUUGAAAGCAGGAGCUCCUGCUUCCUCGGGUACUUUAGCCACCCCCUCUGGGAGAGUGAUUUUUGGGGUGUCUUUAGCGAACAGAGGGAAUCCAUCCCUUCGUACCUAAGGAUGGCACAUGCUCGUAUCUCAGCCAAACUGCCCCCCGACAUUGACCCCACUAAAGCCCCUAUUGCUUUUGGGGAGAGGGCCCUACCUAAACUGAAUGAGGAGUUAAAGUCCCCUGAGCUGCUGACCCGGCAGAGGGCACUGAUGGCCCUAUGUGACCUGGUGCAUGACCCAGAGAAUGUUUACCAAGCAAUAAAACUAGGAUUCCUGGAUAAUCUGAAAUAUUUGCUUCUUGACGAAGAUAGCACUGUUCGAGAAAAAACAACCGAAGUCCUUUAUAUAAUGGCUACUCAUAAUGUUGGCAGGGAUGGCUUUAUAGAAAAUGGAGUCAUUCCUGCCCUGUCCCAGCUCUUGAAUGAUCCAGUGGAUAUCUGUCGGAGAAACAUGCACCGGGCGUUUGAAAUAAUGGCAGAGUUACCGGCGGGUGCUGUUGGCAUAGUGGAAAGCAAUUUGAUUUCUUCACUUGUUCUUAAACUGAAAACUGAAAUGGAUGAAAUCCAAGAGUUGAUACUGGACACGCUCUCUGGCUGCCUAUGUGUAGAGGCUUUUGAAGCUCUAGCAACAGGCGCUGUUCCCAUUCUGAAGGAAAAGCUCACUCAUCCAUCAGUGGCCAUCAGGAGCAAAGCUGCCCGUGCCCUUUUGGGAAUUAGUGUCCCUCUGGAAGGAAAAAAUGUUGUGUGGGAUGAAGAGGUUAUCCCAGUGCUGGUCAGCCUGUUGGAGGAUUCAGAUCCCGAGGUCCAAGCCAAUGCAGCAGGAGCACUGAUGAAUGCCACCAUUACGACCCAAGGGAAAUUUGCAGCUCUUAAUGCAGAUGCCAUUCCACCUUUACUGAAGCUGGUCAAUGAUGAAACCAGCAAAGUACGCUUGAAUGCAAUCAAAGCCCUAACCAUACUGUCUGAGGCACCUGAGGGUCGCAAGACACUGCUGAAUCAUGUGGACCUCUUUCGAGGGCAGUUGAAUGACUCCAGCGAGGCUGUAAGCAGAGCAGCAAAAAUUGCCAUCAAAGUCAUCGAAUGGAAACCUUAAACCCAGGGCAUCAUGAAGCAAUAAAAUAGCAGCAAAACCCCUGCACAUUGUGUGACAGACUUUUUCUCAAAUGUUCUGUAUUAAAUCCCUACCUGUUUUAGCACAUCAAGAGUUUUACUUCAUCUACAACUGCUCCUCAGUAUUUCUGCCCAUAGAAAUCUAUAGGGAACAGUGUGGUCUUGGGGUUAGAAUAGGGAACAGGGAGUCCCUGAAAUAUUUACUUUAUUACUCCAGUAUGGCCAUUCUGUGUAACUAUCUUUUACCUAUGAUAAGUGAAGGUACUAUAGCUGGGGGUUACAUCCCACACUGUACCUUCUCUGUCCUUCUUCAAGGCACCAAACUGUAUGGCAAGCAAAUGUUGCAGUCCCUCAAAUUCUAGAACUUUAAAACCCACUCAGGGGUUCAUUUUUCCUAGAGCUCAGUAACAUUUUGUAAAGGAGUCAAACCACUCAUGCCCUCUCAUUGAGCUCCUUGGCAUAAGCCAAAGGGAAUCAACCUAUCUUGGAGCAUCCUAACAUUCCCUGAAAGAGCUGUCACAUCUUCAGAGCCCCCUAGCAUCUUCUGCAGGGGCUGCCCAAUCCUGGAGCUCUUUGAUUGUUUAUGCUUCUGCAGGUGAUUUUUCUGUGACAUCUCUUGAGUGGAGACUACCAUCCACUAUGGUACUAUGUAUCUUCUGAAGGCUCCAUGUCUUUCAGGAUCUCCAUGAUGUUCUUUGAUGAAGCCUAACCCCUUCUUAAUAGUUCAGUCCAUUUUCUGAAGGGGCGAGGAAGGCAGGUUACAUAGUUACACCUAACUGGACAUUAUUCAGCUAAUAAAGCCCGACUUUUCAGUGCAAACAUCACAGAUAGUCCAUAGUCCAAUGGUAUCGUCCAUAAGCAGACUUUCCAUCUGUAAGAGGGCAUCGACAGUCCUGACAAAGCCCAGGACACUGGGCAGUUCACCCCAUGUGGGCCCUCGAUACACUCUCCUGGAAGACGUGGCUAUCUAUGCAGCUCCAGAGUCCAUAGUUUUUGUGGCACCAACACUGUUGUGGAAGGUCCCCACUCCAUUGAUGCAAUAUUUGCCAGUACCAGGGCCUUGCUGGGAACUGGAGGCUCAGCCUCCAUCUCUUUCCUAUCCACCUCUGACAGAAACAGGUCCCAUCAGCCCCAGUGAAGGAACACAAGGACAAAUCUAUUGGACAAAUAUGAGUCAGUACUGUCACUCCCUUCAGCUAGCCGACAGAGGUCUAUCAGUCAUGACAUGGCUUCCAGAUCAACUCCAUUUCCCUGCCUUGUCAAGAGUAAUUCUAGACCAGGGACCAAUGGUACCGAGCAUGGGGAUCACCUCUCUUCCACUAUGAUCCACCACAGUGGAUUUAAUCAAGCUCCUGGGAUCCAUGCUUCCGGGCAUCUGAGUAUGAGGAUCCUGAGUUCCUCACCCAGCAAAGUAGUAAUCUCCAUGGGAGCAGCUGAUGGAGGAGGAUCAACCAGCACCACCUGCUCUCCAGACAAGGCAGUAUCACCAGUCUCUCCCUCGCGUCCAGAUGAUUGUAACCAGUAGCAGGCCUUCUCAGGAGAAUUGCAGCACUCUCCAGACUCCUCUGGAGGAGGUCCAGAAUGAAACCCUUAAGCUCCUAGACAUAUUUCAGGCUACAGCUCUUUUUAAAAUGGCACUCAUGAUUAAUGAGGCUAUCAUGGAAUCUCCCAGUGUAGUCUGGCAUAUGUCUGCAUCCGAGCCCCCAGCCCCAAAGCAGGCUGAGAAGCAUUACUUCUCUCCCUCCCCACCCCAGGGGAGUGGAAUUUUUCCCUCCUUAACCCCAAUUCCCUGGUGAUGCACACAGUUACAGAACCAAGUCGGCUAUACCAGCCCAAGUCCACUCUUCCGGAUAGAGAUACCAUGCAACUAGACAUCUUUGGAAGGAAGCUGUUUUUCUUGGCUAGCUUAGCAUUCCGGAUAGCAAACUAACAUGCUUUAAUGUCCAAAUAUGACUAUUUACAUUACAAUAAGCUAUCAGAAUUUGUGAACAAGCUCCCUCAAGAAUGUGGACCUCAGUUCCAGGACAUCCUGGAUGAAAGAAAGCUAGAUGCACAAACUUCCCUCCAAGUGCCCCUCGAUGUGGCUGACAGCGGCACACUCUAGGGCUACUUCGAUAGUCAUGAGAAGAGAUUCAUGGCUACAGGCCUCUAGUUUCCCCAAAGAGAUCCAAACCACAAUUGAGAACCUCCUAUUUAAGACUACCAACUUAUUUAGUGACAAGACUGACGAGUCGCUACAUACCCUCAGAGACACUUGUGCUACCCUCUGCUCUUAAGGUAUUUUUACUCUGGCACCCAGGAGAAAGUAUUCUAGGAUUCCUCCACCUCAUCAUCAUUCAUUGCCUCCAUCCUUUUUCCAUCAGAGGACAGAUGCAAUGGAGUAGACACCCAGCACCACUGCCCUCCUAAAUGCUCUCUAAGCUGUGUGGCAGCGUGGCUGCGCAGCAGGCUAUCAAGUGCCACGCACUUCAGGUGCCCCUCUCCCCACUGCUCCGCCGCUCCUGGGAGCCUCCUGCUUACUGUGCGGAGCUAUGGGGGGGUGCUGAUGUCAGGGCAUCCUCUCUCCCCCUGCCCCUGUACCCCAUCUCUGCAGAUGAGGGGGACGUGACAGGGCUCAGGAGUGGGAUGAGGGAGCUUGCUGGUGGCUCCUGCUGUAUCUGUUUUGAGUGCCGAUCUACUUAAAAGGGCAACAUAUUUAAAGGGGCAACGCAUGUCUCUCUCACACAUACAACAGUGUCUGUCUGUCUCUCUUUCUCACACACACAUUGUCUUUCACACUCACCUCCUAACACAUACUUGUAUUGUUGUUGUUGUUGCUUCUUGAUACUUCCUGCAAUGCACAUAUAUUCUCUGUAAUUUUAUUCUUUCAAAGUGCUGUUAUUUGAGUUUUUUGACUGGUCUAUGCAUUUAAUAAUUUGUAUUUCUCUCUUAUGCUUAAAUUUAAUUCUUUGAAUAGUGAGUUCUAAAAUGCCUAACCUGUCCUGGUUGGAGUAAUUAUCCCUAUGGUAACUUUUAAAAAAUAUAUAUUGUAUCUAGGUUUUUUGUUUUUACUGGUGGCGCACAGCUGCACAUUACCUUGAUAUUGGUACACAACAAAAUUCAUUCUGCACAGUAAUGGAAAAAAUUAGAGGGAACAUUGCUGCCCUCCACUUCUCAGUGUCAUCCACCUCCUAGGAAGGUGUUUUGAUGUGGUGCCCAAGACUCCACAGUCAGUCUCUAACACCUGCUACCAUCCUCUUUGGGGGCCACCUAGCCCAUUUUUUCUCCGAUGUGGUGUACCAUCACAACAAAUGGAUCCUGAAUAUUAUAUCAAAAGGCUAUACUCUAGAAUUGCUUCCCCCCAAAAAAACCCUCACCUUCCCAUCCCUUUUCAGGGACUCCUCUCACAAGAGGAUUCUCAAACAAGGGGCGGUCUCCCUUCUUCAGUUGGAGGCAAGAGUCCACCCAACAAUCUCACAUAGGCAAAAGGCUUUUGCUCAAGGUACUUCUUCACUCCAGAAAAGAACAAAUGUCAGAGACCCAUUCUGGACCUUAGCAGUUGAAUGCCUUUAUAUGACAUAAACUUCAGAAUGACCACCUUGGCCUCUAUCAUACCCUCCCUCACAUCUGGUGGGGUAUUGACUGGUUUACAACCCUUGAUUUGAAGGGGACACAUUUUCAUUUGGACCUUCAGCACACUUACAAAAGGUCUCUGUGCUUUGCAUUGGGCCAGAAGCACUUUCAAUACAGGGUGCUCCCUUUUGGUCUCAGUGACCCCAAUGGUAUGUACAAAAGUUUUUGUGGUGGUGGCCACGGAUAAGGGAGUUUGAGAUUUCCUUACCUGAACAACUGGCUGCUCACGGGUUGGUCCUACCAAAAGAUACAGGCAAUUACCACAGCCACACUUCAAUUCUUUCAUUCCCUAGGAUUUCAAGUCAAUUUAGAUAAGUCCAUAUUAACACCCUUGAAAAACAUACAGUUCAUUAGAGAAGACCUGAACUUUAGUCACAGCAAGGGCCUACUUACCUCUGGACUGAUUCCUAGCCAUGAAGGAUCUCAUCAGCCAGCUUCAUCUCAGCCCUCCUCCUACAGCCUGGUCUGCUUAGUUCUGUUAGGCCACAUGAUGGCGUUCUCCUGUGUCACUUCUGCCUCUGUGAUGCCUUCGUAUCUGGUUAAGGGCAGUCUAUGCCCCAAGAAGGAACUCUCUAGACAAGAAGCUCUCUCUUCCUCAAGACAUACUGACAUUGCUCACAUGGUGGGAAAAGAAAGGUAGGUGUGGGGGUCCCUUUUGUUCCCGUAUCACCUACAAAGACUCUUAUUAUAGAUACCCCCAUGCUAGUAGAGAGGCAUCUCAAUGGUCAGACAGCUUGAGGCUCCUGGUCCUCACAGGAAUCCAGACUACAUAUCAACCUACUUAGGCUUUGAGCAGUUCUCAAAGCAUGCAAGACAUUCCUGCCCAUCUGUCACACUAUGCCCCAUAUUCUUCAUAGAAAUAUUGUUAUAAUAUGAUUAUAGCAUAUCUAAGAUGUAUUUUAUGCAAGAUGAGUCUUGUGGAUAUCAUUGGAAAGGUUAUGAUUUACUAAAUCUGAUUAUCCUAUUUGUAUGCAUGUAUCAUUUUUUUUAUCUAAUGUUAGGAAUAUUGACUAUACACCUGUACUACAAAAGUGUUUGCACCUGGGGAAUGCCCACCAGACAGAAUGCAAUCAGUCUGGCUGACUAGCUGGGGACCAGUCAAUGGACCAUUAGGGAGAACAACAGAUCUUUGAAAAUGCUAAUCUUCCACCUUCCUGGGAUGCUACAAACAGCCUUUGACUCAUGGCUGCUUUGACACUACAGGGUCAUGUGAUCAUGUCACCUGGUACUGGACUUCAUGAUAGAAUACCAGUAUUUUUCCACUGGGAGGGAUGGGGGGGACCACACUGGAAAACAAAGGAUUCCCGCCAUAUGUAAAACCUAUUUAAGGCAGGGGAGUGACAUAAUCAGUGUUUGUUCUUCACUGAAUCCCCGUCCAGGAUGACUGCUGCGAACAUCUAAGAAACAAAGACAAGGCGGGGUGGGGGAAGAGCUGAGCCCAGGGUGGAAAGGUGUCUGGCCUGUGAAAGAAAUACCUGGAGUUUUAAGCUGCAAGCAAGAGCAACUUGCCUGCAAGAACCUCUGUAAUUUGUCUAAAAACAACAUUUAGGGUGAGAAAUUACUACUUGUAACUGUUUCUUUAGUAUUAAGCUUAGCUUGCGUGUUUGUUUCAUUUGCUGGGUAAUCUGCUUUGAUCUGUUUGCUAACCCUUAUAAUCACUUG